AUGAGAAAAUAUGCUUUGUCGACCCCAACACUAGUAUUCAAUCUCGAACUUGACUCUUUGCGGGCUGCUUAUGUUUGCAGUGCUGACUUGGCUCUUUUGGAAUCUCCUCCCAAAGAUUUGCACUAUCAGUUUCUUUCUCGAUUCAUCCGUGUGUUCUAUAUACGAAUCAGGGAGUUCUCCAAGACUGUAGCUGUUGCACCUUUUGUUGUGAAUUACCGUGGAGCACUAUUUCGCCAAUAUCCUGGACCUUGGCAGGUGAUGGAGAUGCUAAAGCCAGCAGAUGGUUCUUAUGCUUGUGUAGCUGAGAGUGCAACGCGUUUCACUCUGGGAGAGGUAUUUACCUCGACUCUUGGUCGCUUUGUAUUACAUUCUUUCCGAUGACUUCUAUUAUUUGGUUUUGUCUAGACCAAGGAAGAACUGCUGCAGGUCCUUGGAUUGCAAGAGGAACAAGGAAGCCAACUAGAAUUUCAAAGUGAAAUUCAAGGUUGUUCAUAUGACUUCUUGAUAAACAUCAGUCCUAUGUAAUAUUAAACUUG